AUGAUCUCUUUUGGUCUCAAAGCCUUAGCCACGGCCCUCCUUUCGGUCAAUCUCUUAACUCCUGUUGCAGGUUGCGCGGAAGCAUGCGUUAAGAUCACUGGUGAUAUCAAGUAUAAGAGCGUAGAUGGUGCAUAUGGGACGAUGAAGGUAGUGGACACAGGUAACACAGUAUGCAGCGGCAACAUCGAAAAAGGCUCUAAAUACCUUGGGCCGUCUAAAGAAAAUGUCUAUGCAGAUGGUGAAGUUGUGAACCGCUAUGUCUGUGAACACAAGGGCACGACUUUGCAUUAUGAUUGGACAGACAAUAGGGGAAGCGGCGACUAUAUUGUGUAUGAUUCAGACGCUAAAAUGAACAACCAUACUUUGCCAGUAAACUACUGCAAUGAUGGUGGGAACUGCUAUGCUUGGAAUGUCACCGUUGUGUGCACUACGGAAUCUACUCUACUACAGUAG